AUGAAUGUGUUCCACUCAUCUAAUUCUGUCCCCAACUCCAAACACAUCCUACCAACAACUUCAGAUUUACCGUUAAAUGGUACGAACACCUGUAUUUCAGACAAUUCCCAAAAUAUCAUGACACGGUUAAAUAACUCAACUGACUCAUAUACCAAUAAUUCUUUAUCUGUGCCUUUCUGUAAUUCUCCGACUGAAUUGUUUACUAAUGUAUCCUCAUCUUGCCCACCGCGUCUAACUACAACCCCUAAGAAAACAAUGUAUGUUCGGGCUCUUUUUGAUUAUGAUCCCAAUAUGGAUACUGGUUUGCCAAGUCGGGGUUUACCGUUUCAACAUGGUGAUAUUUUACACGUUGUGAAUGCUAGUGAUCGUGAAUGGUGGCAAGCCAAACGAAUUUCUUUGGUAUCCGAUUUUGAAAAUGCUACUCAUGGAAAUUCGAUGCAUUCAACAACAGAUAAUACUAAUAAUAAUACUAUUAAUAGUAAUACACAAACAUCUACAUUACUCUCAUCUACUAAUGGACUUGGAAUAAUUCCUAGUUGUCAACGUAUCGAAAGACGUCAGAAAACACGAUUAAAGCGUGUGAAUUUUGUUGGUAAAGUCACUGUAAUUGGUUCAACACCUUAUCCACACACUACUACUAUUAACAACGCCAAAGACAGUAACACAUUAUCAUGUGUUUCGAAUUCAGGAAUAAUAAAUCAAUCCCCCUGGGAUAUUGGUAACAAUGGUUUUACUACAAAUAAUAACAAUAAUGGUACUACAACUACCACUUAUAAUAAUGUGUCUAUGGAUGCUGGUAUCAGUUCAAAUAGCAGUGAAACAUUAAGAAAUAAUUCUCUUGAUAUGAAUAUAAGGAAUAGUACACCUAUGGAUAUGCCUAUUGUAUCUAAUUCAACUGGUUCUGAUGUCAAUAAGAAGAAGAGAUCUGGUAGUUUGACAAGAAAUCUACUGAAGUGUUUCUCUCAUCGACCCAUUAAAAACGAUUCAAUAGGCACAAUGACUGUUGCACGAACCGGAUCUUUGGAUGGAGUUAAUCAGAAUAGACACCCUGUUAUCCGAAGCUAUGAUCUUGUAGUUCCAGUCACAAUAUCUGUGGCACGUCCUUUAAUAUUUUUCGGACCAUUGAAGGAUCGCAUUAUUGAUGAAUUAUUAUUGCAUGAUUCACAAUUUACAACAUGUAUACUACACACAACUAGACCACAACGGUCAAAUGAACGUAAUGGUGUUGAUUAUUAUUUUAUACCAUCGAAAUCAAUUAUGGAAGAAGAUAUUAAACAAGGCAAAUAUAUUGAAGUUAAUCGUUUUCAAGAUCAUUACUUUGGUACAAGUUUAGAAUCGGUUCGAUCGAUUCUUCAGUCAGGGCGCAUAUGCAUUUUAGAUGUUGGCUUAGAUGCUGCUAAAUAUUUAGAAGAGGUCGGUUUAUUUCCUAUAACUAUUCUAUUGAAACCGAAAUCGGUCAUACAUUUACGUUCAUUACAACGUCGAUUAACUGAAGAUCAAGCAAAACGAUCAAUGGAACAAAUACAGAAUAUUGAAGAUGAGAAUUGGCGUUUUCUUUCAGCAAUUAUAACCUAUGAAAAUUUUGACAAUGUAUUAUUAUCUGUUAAAAAUUAUGUUCAAUUACAUAGUGGUCCAGUGAUUUGGGUAUCUUCAGCAUUAUCUACCUUACCCGGUGUACAAUGUUUAACAAGUACACCUAAGAUUAAUUAUCAUCCUCCUAUAACUGAUCUAAUGAAUCAUCUUCAACAUAAUGUCAAUAACAAUACUAAUAGUAAUACUACAACUAUUAAUAAUAAUAAUAAUAUUAGUGCCUUACAGUCAUUAUCUAUUCAAUCUGUAAAUUCAACACAAUAA